AUUAAAAUCUACAGGGUAGUAGAACCAGUGUAAAACCAGUGUAAAACAUAGCUUAAAAGGUCUAAGAAAAUAAAAAGCUAUUUGUCUUGCUCAAGAAAGAUAUUACAACAAUUGCAUGGUGUGCCUCUCUGACAAUAACAUCCCACAGGCAAGGGACCAAGACCAAUUCUGAACAGGCCUUCUUACAUUGUUACAAGAUCACUUUACCAUAAUUUUGAUGUAGCCUAUGCAUGGAAUAGAAGGCUGAAAAUCCAGUCACUGAGAGACACAGGAGCAUAGGCGCAGCCAGGAUUUUUGUUGGGUGGCAGGCUUUUGUUAGGGGGGGGGCAGAACCUCAUAUUUGUAUUGACUUGUAUUGAUUUUAAUGGAUUUGGGGGGACAGCUACCCCCCUGCCCCCCUUGGAUACACCCAUGCACAGGGCAGCCUACACCAUCACGACCAAAAUCCAGGUGAAACAAAUACUUAAUAAAUAUAAUAGACUCUGUUUGGGGGGGGGGGGGAGCUUGCCUUUAUACGCUUCCUUGUACUGUUUCAUUUCUUUGAUAAAGAAACUAACUGCAAGUUAGCCACGCGUCUAUCUCUCUGACCUGCUCUUCCUGUCAGCCCCAUGAUACACCUGAAAAUAAUGACAAUCUGGUAGUGAUCAUAUAGUGGAAAUAAUGACAAUCAGGAAGUGCCCUGAUUUUAAACCACAGGGCCUAGGGCUUGCCAAUCAGAAGGCUGGUGGUUCAAAUCACUGUGACGGGGUGAGCUCCCGUUGUUUCAGUCCCUGUUCCUGCCAACCUAGCAGUUCGAAAGCACGUCAAAGUGCAAGUAGAUAAAUAGGUACUGCUCCAGCAGGAAGGUAAACGGUGUUUCCAUGCGCUGCUCUGGUUCACCAGAAGUGGCUUAGUCAUGCUGGCCACAUGACCCAGAAGCUGUCUGCAGACAAACGCUGGCUCCCUCGGCCAGUAAAGCGAGAUUAGUGCCACAAUCCCAGAGUCGUCCACAACUGGACUUAACUGUCAGGGGUCCCUUUACCUUUACCUUUAAGUUUCCUAUGUAUUUCUUCGCAUGCAUUCAAAAGUGAUAGCCCUUUUCUUUGUCUUAGAAAACACAGGGCAGGCUCAUAGAAUUAUAGAGCUGGAAGAGACCCAGAUGAUGAUCUAGUCCAACCCCCAGCAUUGUUGGAAUACAAGUUGUCUCAAGCUGUAUUAUGAGGCCGCGUGUUUAUGCUGGAUCAAGGAGUGGCUGAUUUUUUACAAAAACAUAGAUAUAUUAGACCUGGAGGGCUUUAAUAACCGUUUUGGCUGGCACACCUAUCUCUGGUACGAGAAAGCAAGAGUUCAUAGAGAAUUUAAGAACCACGUAAUAAGAAGAUCUCUAUACACAGUUUGGGUAAAAAAUUAGGUAUCUUGGAGCAAAAACACCAUGGUGGUUGUCACCAAUGGAGGCCAUGACUGUAAAAAAAAAAAAAAGGUCAACAUGAGGGACGAGUCAGUAACAGAUAAAUAAAUUCUCUGGGAGGAAAAUAAUCGAUUACAGCUUUAAAAUUUUGACGAGAUAAAAAAUAAGGUUACAGGCUGGCUAGAGCAGGGGUUCCCAACAAAAUUUUCUCGAGGACCCCUCAUCAACCGCUAUUGUGACAAGGACCCCCAUUAAUUCCUAAUCCUAAAAUUAAAAAGUGAGAGCCAAAUUAAGAGUCUUUUUAUAUUUUAUAUUUUUAACCAACGGUCCAUUUUUAACUACACGAACUGUAGCUUCCGCGAAAAACAACGCUUUGUUUACAAACACUACUGUUUUGCAAAGAGACAGCGCGCGCCAGGGAGGAGGGAGGGGAAUGGAGAAGACAGGGUAUCUGCGCAGUAGCGCACAAAUGAAGCCGACGCGUGCAAAGCAUCUUGGGGAGGUGAGCGUUAGUAGAAUGCGCACGCUGCCUCUUUGCAAAACAGUAGUGUUUGUAAAGCGCCACCUAACGGCAUACAGCAGAACUACUGCCUGUAUCUAAUUCUAGUUUUGCGCUAGACUCUGCUCAUGCAGGAAGCGGCCAAAACAAAAAAUCUGUUAUCAUACGAAAUAUAUUUAAUAUAUUUUUUAUUCUAAUAGCAUCUUGCGGACCCCUCUGGCAUAGCUCGCGGACCCCUGGGGGUCUCCGGACCACCUGUUGGGAACCACUGGGCUAGAGUAUCACCAAAUACAUGAAUUAUUCAAACAAGAUAGAAGGGAUUUGGUCAAUAACUUUCAAGAUUUGGAAAAAAAAAACCUUAUAACUAGAAAACUCUAUCUGAAAUGUAUAAAAUUUUAUUAGCAUGGUCGGUAAAGGAUGAGGAGGUAAAACCAGCUAUGGUGAAGUGGAAAGUGAAUUUAGGUCACAAUAUACAGUUGUCAGAGUGUGGGAAAUUAUGGAAGGAGGACCUUAAAUUCACAACAUGCUACACUAUUAAGGAGAACUAUAUGAAGAUGUUCUAUAGGUGGCACUUAACACUGAGCAGACUUGCUUUAAUGUAUUUUUAAAAAUUGAACAAGUGUUGGAAAUGUAAAGAAGUGGCGGGCACAACAUAUCAUGUUUGGUGGACAUGUAAAAAGAUGAGGGAAUUUUGGUAAUUUAUAACAAAUUUAAAAAGAGGUUUAAAAUCUCAUUCCCCAAAAAGCCUGAAGCAUUCCUCUUAGGAAUCACUGAGAAUGAAAUUCCAAGAGACUUUAAGAAAAUAUUUAUGUAUGCCACCAUUGGAAAAUGGAGACCUUGCUGACCAAGAGAGACUGAUUGAUCAAAUUGAUGGAGUACGGUAUGUGGAAUUGGACAAGCUGACAGGUCAGGUAAGAGAUCAAACAAUACAAAAAAUUCAAAAUGAUUGGAAUAUAUUCAAACAAUAUUUGAAAGACUGAUGCACCUAGAGACCUAUAAGCUCAGCUAACUAGCCAGGCUAGAGGCCUUGUGCCUUAUCUUGUGCUGGGAGCAGCUUUAGUCCCAAGGUUGUAAACAACAUUCCUAAAAGUCUACAUUUGACAAGAGAGAGUACUUUGUUUCCUUGCCUAAUGAAUACAUAAUGGAGGAAAGACCAUACAUGGUAUAAUUAGUAUUGUGCUGUAACUUUAGAUUGGAGGAAGUUUAUGCAUAUGUAUUGCUUUAACAGAUAACAGCUAUGCAUAUAAAGUAAGCCCCAUCCUUUGGGCUUUGUUCAGCUUUUGGAGAGUUAUCCCACUGAGCCUUUAUUGCUAGCAGUAAACAUCCUUUUGUUAUUCCUCAAUGCUGCUGGGACAUUUAUUUUGCUACAAGACCAUUAUGGAGAAUUAAAAUUUUUGACCUGUUUAGAAUAACUCCUGUAAGGAAAAAAAUAGUAAAAUAUAAUGAACUAGGUUACUGAAUAAAUGGCUGUGUUAGGAGGGCAGUUAACUAAGUAAAACUGAGUACCCAAGUAAGGAGGGGAGGGAAGUCAAAUGCUAAUGGAUUACAAAUGAAUCAAAUAAAUAAGUAUGCAUUUGUGUGUCAUCCCGCUUUAUUAUGUUUUAAAUAUAUAUUGUUUAAUUACAGGAAAACCAAGUUGUUACAAUGUGAUAUGAUGGAUGUAUGUCUAAAGAAACCAAUAAAAAUGAACUGGGGGGGGGAGAAUACAAGCUGUCCCAUACAGGGCUGAUUCACUUCUUCCUAGAAUCACUUCCCUCUCGUUUCCUUCUCUAUUCUCAGUUGUUGUUUUAUGGGCCCUGCCGCUCCUGUGGCAAUACUGUACAUUGCGUGGGCAGGACCACUUCAGGCUGCAGGCAUGUUUCAAUGCUGCAAAGCAGCUGCGUGCCAAUUAAGGGGGAUGGGGACCAGCAUGCCAUGGAGAAGGCUGGGCUGAAUCCUCUUCUUAUGUCAUGGUAUUUUUUCCCCUGCAAGGGGCACUGAAAGAUGCCAACCUCCACCUGCCUUCUGAAGUGGUACAACCCAGCGCGGGUAGGAGGUUGGGGGGGGGGGUUCACAUUAGGUUUCACAAAAAGCCUUUCUCUGCCGUAUCAGUGGCUCAGUGGCGACAUUUGCCAAAGGCGCGUGACGCAACAGGAUAGCCGGGAAGCGGCCGAGAGGCGCAGCUGCCCCUGGUUGUGAGGAGAGGCUUCCUUCCCCUUCUGCAACCGGAGGACGGCGCGUAACGUCACACUGUAUUGCGGCUCCCCCGUCCACCGGCACGCAAAUUCCCACCUGCCCCCCGCCCAGCCAUAAACCAGCGCUGGGCCCAAGCGCGCCGCAACCACUCGGCGGGGCCCCUGCGCGCGUCUCGGCGUCUCCGCCGCGCGCCAGGAAUGCUGAAGUUGAACCUUCGAUGGAGCACCGCGAUCCGAAGCCGCGGAAAGGGCCAACAUUAAGAAACUGCUUCUUCGGCCAAGUUGCUGUUUAAAAUUUUAGGUAGAAGAUGAUCAGUUCAUUUUCUUAUUUUGAACAAGAAGAAGUGACGUGGCUCAUGGACCUACUGAAAAAUUGGAUGUGUCCAAAUAAUUAUCUAGGGAUUUUCACAGACUAUACAGUGUACCUCUUGGUGAUAUUAACACCAUUCAUAAUUCUACUGUCACCUGUCUUAGUCAUUCUUGGAUGUAUUUACCUUUCUAAUUUUCUUCUGAAUAUUUACAAGAUAAAGAUUAAGUUAAAAGGAGAUGAUUAUCUCAGUAAGUCAUGGGACACUGGAAGGAGGGCAGUGCUUUCUCUUUGGGACAUGUAUGGCACAGUGUGGCAUGGUUAUGAGGUGCACGGGAUGGAUAAAGUACCAGAAGGACCAGGGCUUGUUGUAUUUUACCAUGGAGCCUUUCCUCUAGACUAUUUCUACUUUGUAUCUAGACUCUAUUUGCAAACAGGCAGACUCUGCCAAUCAGUGGUUGAUUACCAUUUUUCCAAAAUACCAGGUAUCAAACUGUUUUAUAAAGUACAUGGCCUUACACAUGAUGGAAGAGAGGAAUGUGUUGAAAUUCUGAGAAAGGGAUACUUACUUGGAGUCUUACCAGGAGGAGCCCGAGAAGCGCUUUUUAGUGAUGAAAACUACAGUCUCUUGUGGGGUAGCCGCAAGGGCUUUGCUCACGUGGCCAGAGAUGCAAAAGUGCCUAUCAUCCCUAUAUUUACAAAAAAUCUUCGGGAAGGAUACAGAACACUUGGAAAAAUAUGGCCAUUUAAGUGGCUGUAUGAACGUACCCGCUGGCCAAUUGUUCCUGUAUAUGGAGGGUUUCCAGUAAAAUUUUGCUCCUAUGUAGGAGAUCCCAUUCCUUACGAUCCAAAUAUAACAGUUGAAGAACUAGUUGAAAAGACAAAGACUGCAAUAGAAGAUCUCAGACAUAAACACCAAAAAAUGCCAGGUAGCAUACAAAGAGCACUGCUGGAACGAUUUUAUAAGAUUCCAAGUUAAUAGUAAAAUUCUUUUGAAAAUGUAUAUAUUUCCUCCCUAACAGUCUUGCGGUAUUUUUUUAUUUAUACAAGCUUCUCUUUUGUUGUAAUAAUAAUAAUAAUAAUAAUAAUAAUAAUAAUAAUUAAUUAAUAAAUAAAUAAAUAAAUAAUUUGUACCCCACCCAUCUGGCUGAGUUUCCUCAGCCACUCUGGGCGGCUUCCAACAAAGAUUAAAAUACAUUAAAAUGGGUAAUGCACAGAAACUGCACCUUGCACUCUAAGAAAAGUGCUUGAGUUGAGUUUUUGCCAGCUGUUUUGACGGCGGAAAACUUAUUUAUCCAAUUCAAUUGGAGUGUAGGCCUGGUUUUGGCAUUGAAACUGCCUGGGUCACCCUGGUGGGGGUCUUUUGCUGGGAGAGAGACGAGUGCAACUGUUGAUUCUCCUGGAGCUCAGGGCACCUUUUCAUACCAUGAACCAUUGUAUCCCUCUUUCCAAGUUACUCCUGGGUAGCACUGCUCUUCUGCUCAUACCAUCUUGGCGUACCAGGUAAAGUCCUACCUGGCCAGAGAGUCUGGAUUCAAUGUUCCAUGUGCUGGUUACCUCCUGUUUGCAUCACUGUGAUGCAUUUUAUAUGAGGCAGCCUUUGAAAACUGGCCAGAAACUUCAGUCAAUACAACAUACCAACUUGGGCUAGUCAUCUUCGCUGGAUCCCUUUAUACCUUUAACACAAGAAAAUAGCUCAUCUAGUCUAGCAUCUUGUUGUGGUGGUGGCGAACCAGAGGCAUAUGGCCCUUUUAAGCCCUUUGUGCUUUGAAGCCUUGGUAUCUGAAGGCUGGCCCUCAUUCCACAUAUAUCUGCCAGAACCGAAAAUAACCAUCAGUAGGAUGUUUCAGAAGGAAAUGUGUUGACUGGAAAGAGAAGAUGAGGCUCCCAGAGGAAAAAGAGGGCUUAGUGAUUUUGUGGGAUGUUGGGGGAGCUUUUAGGGCAACAAUCAAAAGAAAGCAGGCCAGAGACUGGGGGCGAUUCUAAAGGGUAGGCUAGGAGUGAAACAAAGUUCUGGUUUUGCAAAAGAGCAAUAGUGUGAGGGGUGCUAUGGAAAGCAUAGGAAGGGAGAGUAUGAGAUAUUGGGGCAAGAAAGUCAAGAAUGGAAAAAAGGACAGCAAAGGAAAGAGAGAAGGUCACCCAAAGAAGGAGGGGGAGGAAAGGUUCACAGGAAGGGGGCAUUCAAAAGGCUAGAGCAAAAAGAAUUGUUUUGAUGCCUGAGAUGGAAGUGGGUGAAUUAAUGAUUAAAAUGAAAACCCAAACCCCAAUUUCCUGUCUUAUCAAAGUCAUUGGGCUGGAUUCAAGUAAUGUUCUGCACUAAUGGAAACCAACAUAAGGAAGAUCCUGUCCCUUCCUAGACUAGCAAUAGGAAGGUCAAAAUUAGCAGGAACUGUGCCCAUACCUGUUGGCCACUUGUAAGUUGAUUUUGGUUGUGGUGACGCAAGCUGGACUUUCAGCCUUCUAAUCCAUGCAAGGCUCCAUCAAAGUGAUAGUGAUCUCAUAACUGUGUGAAAAAGCCUGUUCGGAAUUGAUCCCUUGGCCAUGGAAUGCCAUCAUCAGAGAUGCACACCGUACAAUUGCUUUCAUAUCUUUCUGGAGCAAGACAAAUACCUUUUUAUUUUUUCAGGCUGUUUAAAUUAUGUUCUACAUUGGUUCUACUACUGAAUUUUAUUCCUCUGCCCUGAGGUUCAUAAUGAAUUAUUGCUACUAUGUCUCCCUGCCCCAUUCUAAACCAAUUUUCCUUUUUUAAUAUAUAUGUAUAUAUAUAUAAUGGUGUGUUGUUGAUUACUUUAUUUUUUAUUUUUUGCUAUUGGUUUUAAUCCCUAUUUGUCAUCCUGAGUGUUUUGAUUAUAAGAUUAUACAUUGUAUGUAUUAAAAAAAUAAAUUCAGCUGCCCAAAUGA